GAGGAGGGAGAGGAGAGGAGAGGCGUCUAAUGUUGAACCGAGACGGGAAGAUUCAUCCUACUCAUACUCUCUACCUGCGGAGGGCGCUAGAUGGGUGCUUCAGGCUGGACCGCCCACCACCGCACAAGCCUGUUCCCCACCUCCCUGCGGCUCCCUUUCUCUCUGCCACUGGUUCCCCGUUCCCCCUGAUGUUCUCUGGGAUUCAGCCUAGAAGACUCCCUUGGGAAAAGUUUGCUUGGGGUUGGGGCCUGGGCACCAGGCCUCAGAAGCUCCACCCCCCUCUGCUCCCCACCCAGCUGUCUCUGUCCAGCCGCCUGCAGCUGACCCUGUACCAGUACAAAACGUGUCCCUUCUGCAGCAAGGUCCGCGCUUUCCUCGACUUCCACGCCCUGCCCUACAAGGUGGUGGAGGUGAACCCUGUGCGCAGGGCCGAGAUCAAGUUCUCCUCCUACAGGAAGGUGCCCAUCCUGCUGGCCCAGGAAGGAGAGAGCUUGCAACAACUGAACGACUCGUCUGUCAUCAUCAGCGCUCUCAAGACUUACCUGGUGUCGGGGCAGCCCCUGGAAGACAUCAUCACCUACUACCCGCCCAUGAAGGCCGUCAACGACCAGGGCAAGGAGGUGACUGAAUUCUGCAACAAGUACUGGCUCAUGCUGGACGAGAAGGAGGCCCAGCGAGUGUACGCUGGGAGGGAGGCCAGGGCGGAGGAGAUGAAGUGGCGGCAGUGGGCAGACAACUGGCUGGUGCACCUGAUCUCCCCCAAUGUGUACCGCACCCCUGCUGAGGCCCUGGCCUCCUUCGACUACAUCGUCAGGGAGGGCAAGUUCGGGACAGUGGAGGGUGCCGUGGCCAAGUACAUAGGUGCAGCUGCCAUGUACCUCAUCAGCAAGAGGCUCAAGAGCAGGCACCACCUCCAGGAUGACGUGCGUGAGGACCUCUACGAGGCUGCCAACAAGUGGGUGACAGCCGUGGGCAAAGACCGGCCCUUCAUGGGGGGCCAGCAGCCGAAUCUGGCCGAUCUGGCAGUAUAUGGCGUGCUGCGCGUGAUGGAGGGCCUGGAGGCUUUCGAUGACCUGAUGCGUCACACCCACAUCCAGCCCUGGUACCUGCGGGUAGAGAAGGCCAUUGCUCAGGUCCCCCAGUGACCUGAGUGUCCCAGGAGGGGUGGCAGGCAGACAGCGGAAGACACCAGCUGCCGGGACCAGGACCACGAGGGCAGCACCUGUGACGCUGUGCAGCAGAGGUGGGGGUGGGGCAGGAUCAUCCUGUGUCUCACCCACCCCCGCCCCGGUCCCAGCAUUCUAGCGUCGGACACCUGCUGAGGCCGUGGGGUGCUGGGACGCAAAACCCAGGCUUGAAUUCUGUUCACAGUCCCCCUGAGGGGCACCCCACCCUGGCCCCAGGCAGCCAGCCCACCCCCGCCUCCUGUCCUGAGCCUCCCUGCUUUCAGCCGUUCUCUGGGGCUCUCGGUGGCUGCUCUGUCCACACCUCGUGGGUGAGAAUCGGGUCAGGCUCCUGCCCCUGAUGGGGGACGUCCGAAUAGUCCGGUUUACAGAGGAUUUCAUCCCUGGCUCCUCCUGGCUCCUGCCCUCCCCACGUGCCGCUGGGACUGUGUGUCAGGUUUGCAAUAAAGAAAAGGUUUGCUGCUGU